UUUAUAAUUAAAUAAUUUUUAAUUUGAACAAAAUGUACCCUUCUUCGGGUUCAAAGAAGUAUAACAUUGGCAAAUACCAAAUUCAAGGAAACAGACCUCCAAGUGGGUACCGCAAACCCACUUCAGAUCUCUCUGACGUUCCCAAGAAUUUUAAGCUAGAGGGGAGCAGUGCUAUUGAUAUUAAGAAGCUCACCGCAAAUGAAGAUGAUGAGAGGUAUAGAUACCUCCUUCGACAUGGAAUAGUCAGAAAAGUUGAAGAUGAAGACAAGAUCAUAUUUGCCGAAUUAAAACAAAUACCAGGAGUGCUUGUUGUCUACAGAAAACCAUCCGAAAGAAAUGCUCAUCCUGAUAAAUUGAUUCUGAAUAAAAGAGAACUUACCCAUUUGCCGCUUUUGGAGGGUGAAGAGAGGCUAAGAUUAUUGAACCUCCAGUUAAAUUCGAUUUGAAAGAUCGAGAAUUUAGUAUCACUUCCAAACCUUGUAUGUCUAGAUCUCUACUCAAAUAAAAUAUCAGAAAUUGAAAACUUGCAUACAGUACCAUCCCUCAGAAUGCUAAGCUUAGGAAAGAAUAACAUAGUGAGAAUAAGAGGACUUGAUUCUUUAAAACAUUUAGAAAUGCUUGACCUCCAUACCAAUAAGAUUUCUAAGAUUGAGAACAUAAAACACCUCUCCAACCUCAAAGCUUUGAACUUAUCAAACAACAACAUUUCAGUGGUUGAAAACCUGACUGGGCUUAUCAGUCUGAAGAAACUAUUUCUUGCACAAAACAAAUUUGAAAUGUUUGACAAUAUCAAAAACCUGAAGAAUGUCAAGAACUUGGAGGAGCUUACUCUUGAAGGAAACUCAAUUGCAAGCAAUGCCAAGACCUACGUUAGCUUCUGCUUCUCCAAAUUUCUCAGUCUGAAAUUACUUGACAGUAAGAAGGAAACAGAGUAUAAAGACAUUAAGGGCUUUGGCCUAGAGGAGGUCAAAUCAGGAACAGAAAGCACUCAACCAACUCCUGACAAAAAGGAAGACCCUACUGGUGAAGACAUUUCUCCUGACAGCCUUCUGAGGAUCAUUUCACAGGAAUGGAAAAAUGAAAUGAAAAGACUUAAAGAAAAAGGACUAAAUGGAUACAAAAAGAGGAAGGAUAGUAAACAAGAGAGUUGAGUCCAAUCAGGGCAUGCCGAAAUUGAGGGAACCACUAUGCUUUUUAUCUAUGGCAAUGCAAUUGAGGUGCUUGAAAAGCCAGAAUUCCAGAAAAAUGUUGAGGAAAUCACAUUUCAAUACAUGAGGUUUAACACUAUUGUUGGAAGCUCAAAUAUGAAGAAGCUAAAGAAAUUUGAAAGGCUCAGAAAGCUCACUUUUAUGGAUAAUAAUGUAUUUUCAUUUGUGCAAAUCUCGAAGCUUGAAGCUAUUAAUACAUUAAGGUCUCUAUCUAUAACCAAUAACGAUGUAGACUCUACAGCUCUCUGUAGAUGCUUUAUUGUAUAUAGGUUUCCUCUUGUCAUAGAAAUUAAUGGGAAGCCGGUUACAGAAGAAGAAAAGUUAGAAGCUAAAACACAGUUCCAGAACUUUGAUAAAAUUUUAUCAAAUCAGAGAUUUUCACCAGCUAAAAUUUCUCAAGAAAGGAGCAAAGAUGAUCCAUCAGGAAGUCAUCAUUCCGAAAGGAACACAAGGCAAUUUAUGAAAAGAAAUAAUGAAGCUGCUCAUGAGUUUGUGAACAACUUAUUGACGAACUGAGUCAAGCAAGACAAGAUAAUGAGCAACUUCUACGAAAACUGGGAUGAAAUAAUGAAAGGCAUGGUGGAAAAAGCAGUAGAAGAACUUAGUUCGAAUAAUGAGAAAGAUUCUAAUGUAAAGACCAAGUAGACAUAUUAUAUAUUUCAAAUUUCUUCAUUA